UGCAAAAGGCGUUCCAUUGGCUUUAAAAGUUUUGGGUUCUUUUUUAUAUUCUAAAACCAUAGAAGAAUGGGAAAGUGCUUUGGGAAAGCUCAAGAUUUAUCCUAAUAUAGACAUUUUUAAUGUCUUAAAAUUGAGCUAUGAUGGGCUAGAUGAUUUAGAGAAGGACAUAUUCCUUGACAUUGUAUUUUUUUUCAAAGGAGAAGAUAAGGAUUUUGUUGUACCAUUUCUAGAAUCUUGUGGUUUCUUUCCUGCUAUUGGCAUAGGCAACCUUUCACAUAAAGCUCUUAUAACUAUUUCAAAGUAUAAUAGAAUAGAAAUGCAUGACUUGAUAGAACAAAUGGGUCGAGAAAUAGUUCGUCGAGAAUCAAUUAAAGACCUUGGAAGACGUAGCCGCUUAAGUGACCAUGAGGAUGUCUACAAUGUACUGAAUAAUAAUAAGGGAACAGACUCAGUUGAAGGCAUUAUGUUGGACUUGUCUCAAAUUAAAAGAGAUCUACACUUAGAUGCUGACACUUUUAAAAGGAUGCCUAAUAUAAGGUUUCUCAAAUUUUACUAUUCAUGGAGGCUAAAAAAAUCAGCAAGUGUGUACGUAUCUUCAACACUUGAGUCAUUUCCAAAUGAACUAAGAUACUUGGAUUGGAGUGGCUGCCCUGUGAAGUCUCUUCCGCCAACUUUUUGUGCUGAGAAGCUUAUUGAGCUUUGUAUGCCGUGUAGCCAAGUUACUAAACUUUGGGAUGGAGUUCAGGAUCUUGUAAAUUUAAAGAGGAUUAACCUUAGGGGAUGUAAGCAGCUGGUGGAGCUUCCAGAUUUUACUCAGGCAUCAAACCUUGAAAAGGUAUACCUAGAUGAUUGUGCAAGGCUGCGUCAACUUCAUCCAUCCAUUUUAUCCAUCCACAAGCUUGAAACCUUGAGUGUCUAUAAUUGCGAAGAACUGAAAAGUCUUAAAGGCAAGGUUCAUUUGAAAUCUCUUAAAACACUCGGUGUUCGUUACUGCUCAAGCUUGAAGGAAUUUUCAGUGUCAUCAGAGGAACUAACGAGUUUGAGUUUCGAUGGGACAAUAAUUGAUACGUUGCACUCAUCAGUUGGCCGUCUCAGCAAACUUGUAGAGUGUGAUCUGAGUAAUGUGAGACUUGAAACUCUUCCAAACGAACUCUGUCUCUUAACAUCCCUUGGGUAGUGUUUGUUUUCAGGUACUGAGACAGAGACUGAGAGACUGAGACUCAGUAUCGUGUUUGUUAGUUCAGAGACUGAUACUAAAAUUUCUGUCUCUGUCUCUAAAAUUUCAGUAUUUCAGUACCUCCAAAAAGUAGGGACACAAGGGACUGAAAUUUUUAGAAAUGAAAACUGAAACUUUAAUAACAUUUUAUACCUAAAAUACUUUCAUUUCAAUUAAUUAAUUCCAAUUUUACCCUUUGUGCAAAUUAAAUUAGAGUUUCAUUCUUGUU